GCUUAUAAACCCCACCGAAGAAGAGGAAGAAAACAACCCGGAAGCACGUGGAAAGAAAACAGAAAAUGCGAGGUUGCUCGGAGUUGCAAACGAUUAUAUGUCAAUUUAUCGUUUGUUGAGUCACCGGAAUAGAGACAGCAUUUUUUGGAAGAUCACAUUUCUAGGCAACAGAAAAAGUUAUCCCACUAGUAAGAUAGCUAGCAAGCUAACGUUACUCUACUGAGCUUCUCAACAUGGUUCGGGCUCUAAGAACCAAACGCGCCCCUCCGGUGAAGAAGACGGAACAGUUUGACGAAGAUGACCCUAAAGCAUACAAGGACAUGCCUGUCCCAGAUAAGAGAUCCUCGCAGUAUACGAAGGACAAGGUCGACGAGUUCCACGAUGACAAAAUCUCAAAACUCAUGGCACGUGGUGUUCAGAUGGACAGUGACCAGGAAGAUGGUGAUGACGAGGAGGAAGUGAUGGCUCUGGACCUCACUGACUCAGAGGAUGAUGAUGAUGAAGAGGAGGAGGAAGAAGAGGCUGAUAUGGACAGUGAUCUGGAGGGGAAGAAGGAUGAUUAUCUCCCCAAUGAUAUGGCAUGGGGAAACAGGAAGAAGAUGUUCUAUGACUCUGACUAUGUGGCUGCCAAGGGGAAGUCUCAGCAAGACGCAGAGGCAGAGGAUGAAGAGGAAGAGGAAGAAGCAAAGAAUAUUCAGAGACGAUUGGCUGCCGAUCUUAGCGAGGAGGACUAUGAUCUUAACCUCCUUCAGGAGUUUGCUGUAGAGGAGCAGGAGGUGGAGAAGGAGAGGAUUGUGAAGGACCUGCAGCAGAUGUCCCAGAAGGAGAAGAUGAAGCUGCUGAAGAAAGAGUCGCCAGAGCUACUGGAGCUCAUUCAGGACUUUAAGGCAAAGUUGGCAGAGCUGAAGGACGACCUGCAGCCUCUUUUGGAGAUGGUCAACGAUGGACGGAUCCCACCAGGAAAGGGUGCCAACUACCUCAGGACCAAACAGCAGCUUUAUCUAAAUUACUGCACAAACAUAAGUUUCUACCUGGUCCUGAAAGCAAAGCGUAUUCCCGCACACAACCACCCUGUGAUUGAAAGACUGUUGACUUACAGAAAUCUGAUUAAUGAGAUGGGUGAGGUAGACGCUCGGCUUGCCCCACAGCUGCGCCAGCUGCUCUCUGCAGACCAGAAGGAGAAGUCCGCUAGAAAGUCGGAGGGCAGCGAGCAGAUCACCAACAAGAAGGUCAAGGUAUCUGAAGAGGCUGGGGCGGAAUCAUCUGAAGACUCAUACUCUGACUUGGAUGAGGAGGCUGCUCUGCGUUUCUACAGAGGCGUGGAGGAGAGGCUGAAACUGAAGAGGAAGCGCAAGGACCCGCAGGCUGAGGAAGGCAGAUUGGAGGCGGCAGGAGAUGACUAUGUGGAUCCAGAUGCCAAGAGACGCAUUACCUACCAGAUGGCCAAGAACAAAGGGCUUACACCAAAGAGGAAGAAGAUUGACCGCAAUCCCAGGGUCAAACACAGAGAGAAGUUCAGACGAGCCAAGAUCCGCAGAAAGGGACAGGUUCGUGAAGUCCGUCGUGAGGAGACAAGAUACAGUGGAGAGCUGUCUGGUAUUCGUGCUGGAGUUAAAAAGAGUGUCAAACUCAAGUAACCAACCCAACUGUUUCCUUUAAGGAAGACUGUCAACAGUUACCUGUGGACUGUAGGGGAUUUGUGUGAUUUCUCCAGCACAAUGUAAUACCAACAUACAGUUGGGGUUUAAUGUCCCAAGUCUGUCACUUUACCGAUGUAAUACUGUCUGACAUUGUCAGAAUAAUCUACUUUGUUGUAAUGAAACUGCAAUAAAGUUGUUCUUGAUCAAGUCAAA